GCCCUAAUUAUCAGACGACGUAAAUAAACGUAAUAAUACAGACUACAACUCCCACUACUCUUUGCGCACAUCGGUGACGUGGCCAGCGUUACCCAGCAGACCGGGGCGAUUUGAACUUCAUUUUGGAUCCCGUAAAUUUACAUCACGAUGUCCGGGAAAAUCAAAAGCAGGAGUGCUGCAAAUGCCGACUCAAUAUCUGGCAAUGUGUCCUGCGACGAGCGCAUCUUACGGGACUGCCAUCAGAUGUACAUCGAUCCGGAUAGCGGACUGAUAACAAUCGCUCAGAGUGUUGGGGUGACCUUACUGCCUCCCCGGAAAAAGAUAACUGUGAUGUUGAUGGGCAACCACUCAGCUGGAAAGAGCAGCUUUAUCAAUUGGUAUGUGGAGGAGCAUAUCCAAAGAACAGGAGUCGCUAUAGAGACACAGGGCUUCAGCUUUGUUACAAGUGGGCGAAAGAGGGAAUCGCUUACGGGUAAUGCGACGCUCCAUCUCUAUCCCCAUUUCAAACCUCUGCAGGAGUUUAAAGGGGUGUCAGAAUACCUCAGCACUGAGAUUUGUACUUCACGGCAGAAACGUUUCAGCUUGGUGACCUUUGUUGACACUCCUGGUCUGGUGGAUGGAGAUAUGAAGUACCCCUUUGACGUGGACCAGGCUAUUCUGUGGCUCGGUGAGCUCUGUGAUCUGAUCCUGGUCUUCUUUGACCCAAUGGGACAGGCUUUAUGCAAGCGCACACUCAACAUUGUAGAGAAACUGAAUGAGAAGCAAGGGGACCGUCUCCGGUUUUAUCUCAGUAAAGCAGACGAGGCUGGAGGAGAGUCUGAUCGACAAAGAGUUAUGAUGCAGAUUGUGCAGGAGCUUUGUAAGCGUCCAGGUCUCAACAAGUGUGGCUUCGAUAUGCCCACCAUCUAUGUUCCCAACCCUAAUAAGCCCAGUCGAUGUGUCAAUCAGAUUGAGGAGGUGUGUCGAACUAUAGAGAAGACCAUUAACCAGACUGUGCAGAACACGCUUAACUCACUGGAGAAGGACUGCAACCUUAUCACCGAGACUGCCACUGAGACACUUAAUAAUGACAGGCAGGUCAGUAUAGAGAACCGUCGAUCACGUUUUAAGGGCUGUUUGUUAGGCAUGCUGGGGUUCACUGUGCCCCUGCUGCUGCUCGUCACCCUGGUGCUUGGCAGCCUCUCCAAAGAAAUACUGGAACUCAUGCUGGGUAACAGUGGCAUAGAGGCCCUCACGCUAUAUGUGGUUCCUGCAGUGAAGGCAUUUGAAUCGCUUUCAGGGGAAGUGCAGCUGUACAGUUGUGCUGGACUGGUGCUGUUGUCAUUCAUCUUUAUCCUCCUUGCUCGCUUUUCUUUCAGGACCAAACCAACAUUCUCUGGGAAGGAAAAGAGACAGCUUCAAGAAAAACUGGAGUAUGUCCAGGAGGUAGUGAAGACCAAAAAGAAAAAUCUUUAUGAGGAGUAUCUGCGUCAGAGUGUAGGUGAUCAGGACAUGAACUGAGAGGAAAUAUAGACUUUGAAGAUCUGGAUAGGAUGAAUACAGCACCCAGAAGUACCACUAAACGGCAUCUAAUCAUUCCUGUAAUGUAGCAGACGCAGAUAAGCUAUUUUGUGAGCGCUUAGUUACACACUACUGUUUGUGUAAGCUCUGUUUUCAGCACUAAAUAAUAAUGGAGCUGUGGACCAAUACUGUUUUUUAUUUUUUUAGUCUCAUUGGUACUGUAAAGGUUAAAUUGCAAUUAAUGAAUUAAAAUAUCCUACUGUUACACAAUAGCAGGUUUUAAAGUCAUCCUCCUUUUCUUUGCUAUGUAUGUUGCUAUAUAAUACUCUGUAUUGUAUGGUAAAUUACUAUAACAACUGAGGAAUGAGAAGCCUGUGGAUUCUAACAACUUCUGGUGUUUAUUCACGCCAUGGUCAAUUUUAACAGAAAUAUUGAAGCUUGCUUUUGUAUACCACGGUUUCCUACAUUUUUAUGUCAACUUAUUGCUGUUAUGAUAAUAAAAUAGUAAAUGUA